CUGGGAGAAGCACCAGCCUUUACCGCAACCCGUGAUUGCUGAGCCUGUCGACACGACACUACCAACUGCAAACUUGCCCAAGUUGGCUUUAGUCCUACUACACGAGCAUCAUCUCUCUGCCCGCCAUGCCUGGCCUUCCUUCUUCGGUCGACCUCGACGAGUGCAUCUCGCGCCUCUACAAAAAGGAACUACUCGCCGAAUCGGUUAUCGAAGCGAUAUGUGCCAAAACAAAGGAGCUGCUGAUGCGCGAAAGCAAUGUCGUGCACGUUCGCGCCCCCGUUACCGUUGUCGGUGACAUCCACGGCCAGUUCUACGAUCUGAUAGAAAUAUUCAGAAUUGGUGGCUACUGUCCAGAUACGAAUUAUCUGUUUCUAGGCGACUAUGUCGACCGAGGCAUGUUCAGCGUUGAAACGAUUUCUCUUCUUGUCUGUUUGAAACUGAGAUACCCCAACCGCGUCCAUUUGAUUCGAGGAAACCACGAGUCCCGCGGCGUAACGCAAUCUUACGGCUUUUAUACCGAGUGCUCGCGCAAGUACGGCAAUGCCAAUGUCUGGCAUUACUUUACCGACAUGUUCGACUUUCUCACAUUAAGCGUGGUCAUCAACGACCAAAUAUUCUGUGUACACGGAGGCCUCUCCCCCUCCAUCCACUCCAUCGACCAAAUCAAAGUAAUCGACCGCUUCCGCGAGAUCCCCCACGAAGGCCCCAUGGCCGACCUAGUAUGGUCCGAUCCCGAUCCCGACCGCGACGAGUUCAGUUUAUCCCCCCGCGGCGCCGGCUACACGUUCGGGGCGCAGGUAGUCAAGAAGUUCCUGGCGGUGAACAACAUGAACCACAUCCUGCGCGCGCAUCAGCUCUGCCAGGAAGGAUAUCAGGUGCUAUACGACGACCGGCUGAGCACGGUAUGGAGCGCGCCCAACUACUGCUACCGGUGCGGAAACAUGGCCAGCGUGCUGGAGGUUAGCGACACCGGAGAGCGUUUCUUCAACGUGUUCGCGGCCGCGCCUGAGAACGACGCCGUUAAGGAUCAGCAGAUGAAUCAGGACAAGUCGGCCGAGGGAGGGGCGUUGCCUGAUUACUUUUUGUAGUCGGCGAGAGAUGCGCAUUGAGGGCGGGAUAGGGAAUAGAUCGCAUUGAAGUGUGCGAAUACACUGCAUAUACCCACGCUAGCGACCACAAUGUCAUAGAUUACAAGCAGGCGGGCAUGAAUGAUACUUGGAACGUUCGGUUUUUGGACAGUAUACAAACCAACGAAGCAUUCUUCGUACAAUCCAAGCCGGGAAUAGUUGGUCUUGUGAUGCAGUGUCAAGCCUCCAAUCUUUCUUCGUACCAGACGUGAGAGUUAUGUGUCGUUAUACUACUAAGAUAAAAAUGUGUAUGUAUGUAGAUAGAUAUAAAGGAAGUUUUCUCUCCCCUUCCCUCCUGCCCAGAAAGGGGGGUGUGUGGUGACCAACCAUCCAAUCCUGUGGCCCCUAUUCCAUUCCA